CAAUACUUAACUUGUCGAUAUUUUUUUGAUUUUCGACAGAAAUAAGAAAGUUAAAUAUACAAUUGAUUUUGUACACAGUCGCGCAAGUUUUUAACGACAAUGGCGCCCUCUACGAGCAAUUUUACGUAUAAAAUACAUUUUUCGCUAAUGAAAGUCGAACGUUGUUGCUCUAUGGAAGUAAUUGCCGCUUAAAGAAAUGAAGAUCAAGCGGCUCAAGAAGGUUCAGAAGAAUCUUAGUUUUUUCGUAAACAAUUACAAGUUUCGUAAGCCAUAUCAGAUAUUGAUUGACGGAACGUUCUCGUUUGCAGCUCUUCAAAAUAAAUUUAACAUUAAAGAACAAUUGGCUAAAUACUUUCAAGCGGACGUUAAAUUAUUGACAACGCAAUGUAUCAUUGUGGAGACGGAAAAGUUGGGUCACAAGGUUUAUGGAGCAAUGUUAAUAGUAAAACAAUUUCCAAUACAUCAAUGUGGCCAUGAAAAGAAUACUGUGACGGGUUCAAAAUGUUUACGAUCAAUGGUUGGAUCCAAUAAUGAAUCUAGAUAUGUGAUAGCGACGCAGGAUCGACUUCUUCAAGAGCAGUUGAAGAAGAUUCCAGGAGUUCCAAUUAUGUAUUUACAUGGUAGGACACCUACGCUCGAAGCACCGUCUCAAAAAAGUCGUGAAUUCGCAGAGCAGAUAAGAAGCAAAGUAACAAUGACGGAUAUGCAAGAGGAGAGAAUAAAAUCUUUGAAGGAACAAUUUGGAUUAAAAAGCGACAUUACAAUGCAACCUAAGAAAAAGCAUAAAAAAAGCGGACCCAAUCCAUUGAGUUGUAAGAGAAGCCAAAAGAAAGAAAGUAAUUCUAUGAUCCAUACGAGCGAGCAUAAAGUCAAUGAGAGCGGCAAAGUACGAAAAAGAAAACGAAUAAAGUUACCAGCUCACGUGAAAGAAGUGUUAAAGCUAAACACGCACUCGUGACUUGUGCAAAUAAUAUUUGCUCGACACAGAGUAGUGUAAGCGUAUAAAAUGUAAAUAA